GGAAUCUAUUUCAGAAUUAAUUCUAAUUUGAACAAAUUAAUAAAUAUCACCAACUGUUAAAAAUGCCUCUGCAAGGAAUCGAAGUUGUUGAUGUUGCUGGAAAAGGACGAGGCCUGUGUGCCACACAAGAGUACCGUACCGGACAAGUUGUAAUCCGAUCAAGACCAUAUGAACACGUGAUAUUCAACGAGCAAGCUGAUAAAGUUUGUCAUCAUUGCGUCCGGCAGCCAAUCAGUAAAGGACCAACUCACACUCCACCACCCCUUCUGAAAUGCGGCAGCUGUAAAUUCGCGCGCUAUUGCAAUAAAGAUUGUCAGAAAGCAGCAUGGGAAGCACAUAAACCUGAGUGUGCGGCCAUCAAAAGGGUAUUUCCAAACAAAGCGUCUGAUCAGACCCGUCUCGUGGCAAGACUGUUUUGGAGAAAGCAGCGCGUAGCGGAGAAUAAAAUUCAAGAAGAUCUCCCGAUUCUAGUAGAGGAGUUGGAAUCUCAUGUAAAACAGCGGACCAAAGAAGAAAAGGAACAACUUGAUAAUCGAGUUUUUAGUUUCGGCGAUUACGUCACGUAUGAAGCCAUGCCAGAAAGUGACGAAGUUAUAUAUCAGUGGUUCGGUGCCGUUGAUUGCAAUGCUAUUAGUUUGAAUGAUCAACGAGGGUUAUCUGUAGUCGGAGUUGGCAUAUUUCUGGAUGUAGCAUUGCUAAAUCACGAUUGCAACCCUAAUUGUGUUGCUGUAAAUAACGGUGCCAAAGUUGAGGUUCGAUCACUUCGCCCAAUAAAGCCGCAGGAAGAACUAUGCAUAUCUUACAUAGAUCCGAUAGACACUACUCCUGGACGACAAGAAAAACUGAAGAAUCAAUAUUAUUUCGAUUGCAAGUGCGAAGAGUGCGAAAAUGGGAGUGAAAGAGAAGCUAUGAAAAGUGCUCUGCUAGAUGAAAAUAUUUUGAAAGAAAAACCUGAAGCUGAAAACUAUAUUAUAAAAAUGUCAACAGAAGCAUUAAAGCGCAUGGAAAACACGAAAAAGUCAAGAAACUUCGAAAGACUUUACAAUCAAGCACUCGGAGCUUUAAAACAACAAGAUUCUGUUAUUGCGGAUUCACAUGUGUUGAAGAUAGCUGUAUUGAAUCAAUGCGUCGAAGUUUCAUCUUUCCUCCGACGUCCAGAUGACUCAUGCAUGUACGCACGACGUGUAGCAGAUGCAUAUGAAAAAAUUUUGCCAGCUAUCCACCCUGUUUUGGGAAUGUACUUGAUGAGGCUUGGUGUAUUGCAAUGGCAAACACAGAUGAAGGAAGCGUUCGAAACACUUGGAAGAGCAGCUGGAAUUAUAUCGAAAACGCAUGGAGACGGGCAUCCUCUUUUCUUGGAUAUUGUUGAUUUGAUGAGACAGUGUCACCAUGAGAUGCAAAUGAGUCCGGAGGUGCAGACUAAAAUGAAAGCUGUCAGAAAAGAAGCAAAUUUGGGAAUUGGAAAAGUCGGAUUGCCAAGCAAUUGAAAACCAUUUCUACUCCUCAAUAAUACGCCUGAUCGCCACUUUACUUGGUCAACCAAAUGAGACAAUAAAACAAUUGGUGGUUUAGAAUGUACAUAUAUAUCUGACCUAACAUGUGAUAUUUCGUUAUUUACCACAUACAGGUGGUAACUGGUACCACAGGUCGCAUUUAUUGCAAAAGCGAGUUUCACGUUUUUUGUAGCCUCUUUGGUGGCAAAAAAAGCUUUGGGUUAUAUUUAUUUCGAUGGCGCUAAUACUAGACGAUAUACUUAACGCCGCUGAAUUUCAAUUUGAAUAAUUGUUGCCUAUUUAUGAUAUUUUAUGUAGUUUUGUUUUCUGUACAUCUUUGUUGGUCAAUAUAUUUAGUAAUUUAUGAAUAUUUGUAAAUACUGAUAAAUGAUAUCAAGAACAACAGUGAAAAUUAACACAAUCAAUAAAACUUGUUUAUAGAAAAA